UUCAGCUGUGAUGCGACGCUGGUCUUUUCUCGAUGAAACCCUAUCCGUCUAUUUUCGGCCCUUACAUAUCAAUCCUGCCUUUCUUUCCUUCUGUUUUUUACCGUUGUCGUCUUUUACCCAAGAAAUCUCUGAACUCUGCGACAAACAUGAGCAUCUUGGAUACAAUACACGUCUCAGCGGGAGCUGUUCCAAGUUAUGAUCGAACAAAAGAAUUGAGAGAGUUUGACGAUACGAAAUCUGGCGUCAAAGGACUGGUUGACACUGGAGUUGCCAAGAUCCCCCGUAUCUUUCUAAGUCCGCCGGAUGAUUUGAAGGAGAAGGUAGUUUCCGAUCGGACCCACGUUGACGUUGGGGUUCCGGUCAUAGAUAUGAAAGGCGUCCGUGAAAACCCUUUACUUCGUGAGGAGAUUGUCGAAAAAGUGCGGCAUGCUUCGGAGACGUGGGGCUUCUUUCAGGUAGUGAAUCACGGGAUCCCUCUCAGUGUUCUGCAUGAGAUGAUUGAAGGGAUACGCAGAUUUCACGAGCAGGAUAUUGAGGUGAAGAAAGAGUUUUAUAUACGAGAUCCCACGCGAAAGGUAAGAUUUAACAGUAAUUUCGAUCUGUAUCGGUCAAGAGCAGCUAAUUGGAGAGAUACCUUGCUUUGUGUCAUGGCUCCUCAUCCUCCAAGCUUGGAAGAAUUGCCACUGGUUUGCAGAGAUGCAGUGAUGGAGUACUCCAAGCAAGUAGCAAGCUUGGGGCUUACUUUGUUUGAGCUUCUGUCGGAGGCGUUGGGACUGAACAAGAAUUACUUGAGAGAUAUUGGGUGUGCGGAGGGGCAUGUGUUAAUAAAUCACUACUAUCCGGCCUGCCCAGAACCGGACUUGACAUUGGGGAUUAGCAAGCAUUCAGACAGUGAUUUCUUCACUCUUCUUCUGCAAGACAGCAUUGGUGGUCUCCAAGUUCGUCAUGAAGAUCAAUGGGUUGAUGUUCUUCCUAUUCCUGGAGCUCUAGUAAUAAACAUGGGAGACCUUCUACAACUUAUAUCGAAUGAUAGGUUUAAGAGUGUGGAGCAUAGAGUAGUGGCAAAGCGUGUAGGACCAAGGAUAUCUGUGGCAUGCUUCUUUGGGACACAUCUUCAGCCAUCAACAAGGAUUUAUGGGCCAAUCAAGGAGUUGUUAUCAGAGGAGAACCCUCCAGUCUAUAGAGAAACAACCGUGCAAGACUAUGUGGAAUACUACAAUUCUAAAGGUCUCGGUGGGGGCACUGCGCUGUCACAUUUCAAGCUGUGAAUUUGAAUUCAUGGUGAGUUGUUGGUUAGGCCACGCUCAAUGUGGGACUUUGAAUGAAUUUCAUAUGGAUUGUUGAAUUUUUAUAUGAACAUGCAUGGUGAAAACUUUAUAUGAAAUCAAAGGCUCCCUUCUGGACAACUUUGUAUUGAUUUUUUAA